AUCCUCCAGUCUCCAACCUCUUAUCCGCUCAGCUACUGACCUCCGCUCCUCCAGGUUCCAACUCUCCAAGGCAGCAAGCUGCUGCUCUCAAAUCUCAAGCACGACAGCUACGACUCGAGCUCGAGCAGAGAGGUAGGGGUGGGCGCUCCAUCCGGCAGUGCGCCUCCUCCUUCACCCGGCAGCGGCGCCUUGUCGCCCCCGGCGGCAGCGCAUCCUCCUCCACUUGCCCGCUCCCCCGGCCCCGAUUCCUCCCGGCUGCAAGACAGUAGAUCGAUACAUCUAUCAUCAGUGACCGCCGCAGCUGCCGCCUCCUAGCUGGGUGGAAGAAGCAUGUCGAGAAUGGUGCCUCCGUCCCCUCCUCUGUCCAUGAAGCCCCCGACGCUGCCCUUCUCCCCUCCCAAGAAGCCGGCGCCGAUGCCGGUGUACAAGGACCUGCACUUCAACCGUGACCUCUCCGCUACCAAGAAGCUCCAGGCCGGGGUGGACCUGGUGGCGCGGUUGGUGGGUGUCACCCUGGGGCCCAAGGGAAGGAACGUAGUGCUUGGCAACAAGUAUGGCCCUCCCAAGAUUGUCAAUGAUGGGGAGACCGUGCUUAAGGAGAUCGAAUUGGAGGAUCCAUUAGAAAAUCUGGGAGUGAAGCUGGUCAGGCAGGCUGGUGCAAGGACCAAUGAUAUUGCAGGAGAUGGUUGUACCACUUCCAUAAUCCUUGCUCGAGGCCUGAUUGCUGAAGGAAUGAAGGUUCUUGCAGCUGGAAUCAACCCAGUUCAGGUUGCACGUGGUAUUGAGAAGACUGCUGCCGCUUUGGUGUCUGAACUCAGAGUAAUGUCACGGGAGAUUGAAGACCAUGAACUUGCACAUGUGGCUGCAGUUAGCGCAGGAAAUGAUUAUGCUGUUGGAAAUAUGAUUUCUGAUGCUUUUCAAAGAGUAGGUAGAAAAGGAAUGGUGAGAAUUGAAAAUGGAAGAGGCACCGAAAACAGUCUAGAUGUUGUUGAAGGAAUGCAAUUUGAACGCGGUUACCUCUCACCCUACUUUGUUACUGAUCGUGCAAAUAUGACGGUGGAGUUCACAGACUGUAAGAUUCUAUUGGUUGACAAGAAAAUUACUGAUGCUAGUGAAAUUAUAAGGAUACUGGACAGUGCUGUCAAAGAAAAUUAUCCAUUGUUAAUAGUUGCUGAGGAUGUGGAAGAAGCAGCAAUGGCUGAUUUGAUAAAAAACAAGCUGAAAGGGACAAUUAAGGUUGCAGCAGUUAAGGCCUUCUCUUUUGGGGAGCAAAAGACUCAAUGCUUGGAUGAUGUUGCAGUCAUGACGGGAGGUACAGUAGUGAGGGAUGACAUGGGAUAUUCAUUGGAAAAGGCAGGAAAAGAGGUUCUGGGUUCUGCUUCUAAGGUGGUUAUCAGGAAAGAUUCAACACUAAUUGUUACUGAUGGAAGCAGUAGUCAUGCAGUUGAGAAAAGAGUUGCUAUGAUAAAAGAACAAAUUGAGAACUCAAAGGAAAGGUACAACAAGAAAACAUUGGGUGAGAGGAUAGCAAGGUUAUGUGGUGGAAUUGCAAUCAUCCAGGUUGGUGCUCAGACAGUCAUUGAGAUGAAAGAUAAGAAGCUGAGAAUUGAAGAUGCUCUCAAUGCAACUAGGGCAGCUAUUGAGGAAGGUGUUGUAGUUGGUGGUGGAUGUAGCCUACUAAGAUUAUCGAAGAAGAUUGACGCAAUCAAGGAAUCAUCAUUGGAUAAUAUAGAGCAAAAGAUUGGUGCUGACAUCUUCAAGCAAGCCUUGAGUUACCCUACCUCACUGAUAGCAAACAAUGCAGGGAUGAAUGGUAAUUUUGUUGUUGAAAAGGUGUUACUGAAUGACAACACAAAUUAUGGUUACAAUGCUGCCAAGAACCGCUAUGAGGACUUGAUGGCUGCUGGAAUACUGGAUCCAUCAAAGGUUGUGAGAUGUUGCAUUGAGCAUGCUGCUGUGGUUGCAAAGUCUUUUCUCACUUCUGAUGUGGUGGUUGUUGAGGCAAAAGAAAGCAAACCAAUUCGAAUAAGACCACCAAUGCCACCUAGGAGCUUGAUCCCCCCAAUACCUGCCUCAGUUUCAGGUAUGCGAGUGUAGCAAGCUUCAUUUUCACAGAUCGACCUCAAUAUGACAAAAACUACAUUGACGAAAUUCUUUUGCAAAAAUUGCAAACAUAACAAAGCGGAGAAAGGUUUCACCUCAAAAAUUGCUUUGCACUAUUGAUCCAAGAAGCUCUAUGUGUUCUGUCACAUCAAAGCCACAGCAAUGGUUGAUAAUGCAUGUAAUAGAGAAGAAAAUGCUGGAAAUUUCAACUGAUAUUCUUAUCUCCUCCCACGCUCUGUGGAUAUCUUUAUCUUCUUUGGGGGCCUAGCUAUGUAAAUAGCACGAGUCAGUUUAGAUUGUUCACAUAAGUUACAGUGUACGACCAGAGUUGCUACUCAUUUUGUAAAUAUUUCAAGCAAUUUCCUCAAAUACUUAUGUAUAUUUACCAAAUGAGUAGAAAAAAUUCACAUAAG